CAAAAUAUGUCGCCUUAUCACUUACGUGUUUGUGACCAAUUAUCAGACAAAACCAAAAUGUGGAAGAGGAGUGUUUCCAUCGUUUUGUGUUUGCUUAUUUCAGGAUGCGUGUCGUAUUAUACGACUUGCAAAGAUGGAUGGGUUCCAUUUAGUGGUUCCUGCUACCUUUUCCGUGCACAAGGGAUGUCAUUUACAGAAGCUGAACACUUUUGUCGACAACACGAAAACAGUCAUCUUGUACACGUCGACGAUGCUCUAGAAAACAGUUUUUUGAAAGACCGAAUGCGCGCGUACAAAGAUGCCUUUUGGUGGGUCGGACUAACGGAUGACGAUAUUGAAGGAGUCUGGAAAUGGUAUGACACGGAUGAGAUGCCGACAUUUACAGACUUCAUGCCGGGCGAUGGAGGAGAUCACAACAAAGAGGAUUGUGCAACAUUUGGUCCUGGCCCUGCUGAUUACAGUUGGGUCGAUGCAAGCUGCUCUGGACCCAUAUCUGUUCUAUGUGAAGCUAGAGGGCACGAAUGUGAAGAAACUAUCGUCGGAUGAUGGACAUGCAUGAAAGAAGGAAAACAGCCCGGAGUAUUUUUUAAAGACUGUAUUGUUGCCUUGGUAAUGGUAAUCCGUUUGACUUGGAAUUAGGCAAACGCAUUUUGGUUAUUUA